GCACUUUAAAUAGAGGUCGAAUGUAUCGAAAGGUUUUACGUUGUCGUUUCAGCGGGCGCUAAACUCAGGGGCGCUCGUAUUUGAAUUUCGGAUAAAAAUAAAACCAUGUAAACUGUUAGAAGUUUAAGAUGACUAACAAAAACACACGAACAAGGAUGACAGUUGGGCUGAGAGACGGCAUCGGUUUCGAUGACCCGAAUAAUUCGGGCAGAAAGCUUGACGGUUGUGACGAGGAGGAGAGCGGAGAUCAGGGGAGCGAGGAGCGUAGUACAAAGAGAGACGGAUUGGAAAUUCAUACUCUAUCAACUACGGGCUGCACCAGUUCAGCACCGGUUAUUACCACCUCCGUAUCGAACCCGUCUGGACCUUGCUCGAGCCAACAGCCCCGGUCCUCGACAGCACCGAGUCACGACCAGCAUCAUUUUCUGAGAUCCAGCGUUCGACCCCCGAGCAAACGAAUCCGGAAGGAUUCCAUCGCCCCAACUAUCAAUGGUCACAACGGGGCGAAAUCGAAAGGUUCAGAGAAUGGUCCCUCUCACCAGGUGUCGGCUGGUCAGUCCGGCUCCACGUCAGGCUCUACGGGACCCUCAGGCAAGGCUGCCCCUAGAGGCCAAGGACCCGGGGACAAGGAGGAGCCAGUGGGCAGCCAGAAGAGACCCAGGAGACAGUGGGAGUCCUGGAGUGCAGAGGACAAGAACAGCUUCUUCGAAGGGCUCUACGAGCAUGGGAAGGACUUUGAGGCGAUCCAGACAAACAUAGCGUUGAAGCAUAAGAAGGGGAAGCCAGCCAGCAUGGUGAAGAACAAAGAGCAAGUCCGACACUUCUACUACCGCACCUGGCACAAGAUCUCCAAGCACAUCGACUUCGCCAACGUGUACUCCCGUGUGCUGAAGAAGUCCUCUCAGGAGCUGUACGGUCUCAUCUGCUACGCUGAGCUAAGGAAGAAGGUUGGAGGAUUGAUGGACGAUAAGAACGUGGCCAAGCUUAACGAGCUCAUCCAACAGGGGGCGACCACAGUGCGUUCUAAAGGCAGGAAUCUGCGCAUCAAAGCUCCCAUGUGCCGUGCGCUCAAGAGGCUGUGUGACCCAGAUGGAGUGAGUGAUGAAGAGGACCAGAAGCCUGUGCGUCUACCUCUGAAAGUUGCUGUGGAGCUGCAGCCGCGUAGCAACCACUCCUGGGCCCGUGUCCAGAGUCUGGCCCAUAAUCCUCGCCUCAGGAUGGUGGUGGAGCUGCAUAGGAAGGUGUCCAGCCUGAUCGAGUUCCUGAAACAGAAGUGGGAUGUCCAGGAUCAGCUCAUCCUGAAGAGCCUGCAGGAGCGCGAGGCGUUAGAGGGAACCCAACAGCACAGUGGUGGCUGUAGCGGCAGCCCUGCUCUUCCCUGCAGAGCAGACGAGGACCUGUUCCUGUACCCAGCUGAGACCAGCACCCUGACCGCCCUGCCCAGCGUAGCCCGUGUGGUACACUCCAAGGCCUCCUGCACCGUCCACUGGCAGGAGAGCGGCAAGCCCCGGCCCGGCCCCAAGGAGCUGAUCCCCACCGCCCAGAUUCUGGGCAUCCAGGGGGCCCCGCUCCUCCUCCUCCCUCGGGGGGGUGUGGCCAAACCUGGGUGGGGCGGUGGUGGUGGGGAUGCUCGACGGGUAGGGGGCGAGACCCCUGUAUCCAUGCCUGAAGGAGGAACGUCGGGAGGAGGAGUAGGGCCAGAGCACAAGAAUCUGAACCAGAUAACAUCUCCUUCUCCUGUACGUCCUCUUCCUUCUCCUUCGUCUUUGCUGCUGUUGUCUAUGGCUCAGAAACAGGAGGGUGGUGCAGCCGCGGGGCAGGUGGAAGGGGAGAAGGGGCUGGGGGGAGGACCAGGGGUAGGGAAGGCCUUGGGGGCCAAGGAAGGAGAUGGGGACUCCAAUUCUCAGGGCCAGGGGGAAGGUUCUUGCUCUGCUACUGAGCCGUGCAGGCAUGAUGAGCGGACCCCAGGGCUUAACGGCAGUGACAGUGCCUCUCCAGAGAGGAACUCCCUCCCCCUGUUGGACCCCCUGGUUCCCACCACACCUCCACUGGCAACGGUGCCGCAACAGGUGGAGGAUGUCCCUCCAGACCAGGGGCAGGGGUGGACAGCAGCCCCAGGAAAAGAGGAGUGUGAUGGAGGCAGCACCCCAACCCCGGUGUCUGGUGGUCGGUCGGCCCAGCGGAUCUGUGAUGAGGGCUGGAGCUCGCGGGGGUCAGACAGCAACGUGACUCUGGCAGAGCUGUACCUGAUGCUGGGGAAACCUGGGAAACUGCAGCUUCUGUACGAGUGGCAGCCGGCUGCUAUUGCAGCCCCGGAGCUGGGGGAGGAGGGGCUACAGGGACCAGGGCAGACAUGCCCACAGCUACAGUCACCACGCCCUCUGCCCCCACCCUCCACCCACCGUGUCCUGCGCUGUCUGCUCCGGCUGGUGUCAUCAGAGGUCAACCCCAAACCUGCUCCAGAGCUGUGCUCCACAGCCGCGUCUCCGGUAAAGCCAUCCCAGGAGGAACAGUCCCUCACCCCCCCAGGCAAGGCCCCGGCUGUGGGGUUACGGAGCCCCAACUGUGGACGACUGCCGCCCCUGGGGGUCCGAGCGGCAAAGCUGAUGUUAACAAACACUGGAUUGUCCGGUCGUAACCUCCCGCGGUCUCUGCUGGUGUCCGGGGGGGACUCAGAUGGUGGGGUGUUUGCCGUUCCCACCACCCUGCCCCCCAACAGCUCCCGACACUCCCGCAUGUUCUCCCCCAACAAGGAGGCCGAGCUCGCCUUCCGACAACAGCUCGACUCCAUCAGCAUGCAGUCAGACAUUUUCCUGCCGAAACAAAGGAAAAACAGGAGCCGGCCACUUCGAAAGCCCCUCGUGGUCCAGAGAACCCUGCUCCCCCGCACCACUGGAGACACUCCUCAACACGUCUGCUCCUUCUCCAUCCUCUCCAACUCAUCUGCCACUGUCUCCCCCUCAGGAACAGGCUCUUUCCGGCCAAUCCAGCCCCGUCUCUCUCCCUCCACCCGCCCCCUCCUCCCCAGAACUCCGCCCAUCACCUCUGGCCCUAGGAUGUCCAGUCAGCUCUCCAGUGCCAUUGACCUGGCAGCCAAGUCAGCAGGCAUCAUCCCAGGCAGCCCCUGUCGGGAGUUGGAGGCCCCCAGUCCAGACGGAAGGCCCCUCUCGACCUCUCACCCUGGAGUGGCGCAUGCUAGUCAUGGUCCUCCCCAGACACAGCUCCUUCAGCAGGCCUCCUCUGAGGUUUCGCUGCAGAACGGCCUCACCCCUCUGUCUCCAGGAGUGGCAGGUGACUCUCUCCUCUCCCCGCCCAGCGUGGCCUCUCUGCUGGACAUCUCUCUCCCGGGACCCCUGGAGGAAGCCAUGGCUCCUGGAGGGCCACAAACGCACAUCAGUGACUCAAUCAUUGAGCUGGCCAUCAACUCGGCACACUACGGUGAUGAGGCAUCCCUCUCUCCUGCCAAGCUGAAUGGUAGUGAGUGCUCUAAGCUCCUACCCUGUACCUCAGUCAGCCCCUCCAGAGGCUGGAUCCCUUCCCCCAGCCAUGACCCCCAGUGGUACCCCAACGACUCUACUGACUCUUCAUUUGGCUGCCUGCUAUCGAGCCUGGUGUCCCCUGAUAAGGGUAGACGAAGCUCCCUGACCCCCUCCAGUGGAACAGCCCUCCUCGGACCCAGGUUUCUGGACUGCAACUCCCAUGAUUCCUUUCAGUCCCGCGGCCUGCCAGACGUAGCAGAGGUUGACACCCAGCUGGCCUGCAUGAUGAGUGAGAGCAGCGUGGAUUACAUCGCCCGCUUCAACGAUUUGGCACAGGAGCUGGCUGUCACAGAGCCGCACCUCCUGCCACCUUGAGUUUGAAUAGACUGAAGGCGGGUUUAAGAAAUGUCUGUCAGUUGCCCCUCCCACACCUUCAAAAUUGCAAGGACAAAGGGGGUGGAGAAACACUCCUUCCCCUAAUAUAGUUUGUGAAAGAAAGUGCAAUGGUCAUGGCCUGAACAGAAGAAGCACUCAGAUCUACCUUGGCACAGUCCAACUGGAACAGGUUUAAACUCGUUCUGAUGGUUUCAACUGGUUCUGAAAUGGUUACCUCUGGUUCUGAAGGUCUGUGGUCUGGUUUCAACUGCUUCUGAAGGAACGUGGACUAGUUUCAACUGGUUUGAUGGCCUGUGGACCAGUUUCAACUGGUUCUGAUGUGUUUGGAAUGGUUUAAGAUAGUUCUGACUGGUUUCAACUGGUUCUUAUGGGUUCUGACCAGCGUCAACUUGUUCUAACGGGUUCCAGCUGGCUUGUUUGUUUGGACCAUUCUGUCUGUUCUGCCUAGCGAGCAGGCCUUUAAUUAUUAUUAUUUUUUUUUAAACACUUAACAUUAAUCCCAUUUACAAAACACAACCUCAUGUAAAGUAUAACACAAUGCCAUAUAUGAACAAAAGACUGGGUCUCCAUUUCUGUCCUUUUGUCUCCCUCUUCUUCCCUCUGAGAAAUAUCAACCCGAAGACAUUUGCGUGCAAAAUGUAAAUGUCAGACUAACUUGAAAGUAACUACUGAUGAACUGCUGGUAGCGUGUCCUUCUCCAUCUUGUCAGUUCACUCGUACAAAUUAAACUAACACAUCACUUAAUCAUUUAAUCUGUUUAAACUGAAUAAGACAAAUGAGUGGAACUGAUGUGAAUUUGUGUCCCAGGCCAAACAUACGUGUCUGACUGAGUGUGUCUGUGUCCCUCCCUCCAUAUCAAUGCAAAAAAGUUUGACACUCCACUUGAACAUCUACUCCAACUCCUCCAACUAACCCAGCUACAUCUGUGUUAGUCUGUUUUUUUCUUCUCAACCAAUGCUUUGAAUCGACCUGAAAGCUAAUUUCAGUUUUCUGUAGCAAAACGUUUAGUAACGUUGAGCCCCUUGUGUGCCUUUGUGUAACACCACACCAGGCGCUCCCUCCUAUGAUGCCUGGUUGGUUGUCAGUCAAGCUGUGCGUUUUAGAGGUCCUCAGCUGACGAAAGAACCAAUCAUUAUGUGGGGUUUUAGACACAGAAAUAUGGUCACGUUCCAGGAUGACCUUGUUGGAGAUGUUGCAUUGUAUCAACCAAUGUUUGUGUGCCACAUCAUCGACUCCAGUCUGGCAUCGGAUUACUACGGUUGAGUAGUAAUGCCUGACUACAUUGCAGCAAAUGCCACAAAUGAAGCGUGUAUCCAGGACAAACCGUGUCCAAAAUGGCACCCUAUUUCCUAUAUAGUGCACUGCUUUUGACCAGAGGCCUAUAGGGCCCAGGUCAAAAGGAGUACGCUAUGUAGGCAAUAGGUUGCCAAUUCGGACACACCCAAUGCCUAGAUGUCAGCUAAGGAUUUUGUUAUGAGAAAUCACAUUGACGCAAUGUUCAAAUACUAAAUGUCAGAUUUUUAUUUUUUAACACACUAAAAGAAAUGUUCAAGCUACAAAUGUGGAUUAUGUCUAAAGAGUUUUAUAUAGCGGUUGUCUUUAAAUUGGGACAUGGAGUCCGUUCUCUUUGUGUAACUUUAAUCUAUAACAAUUCCAGUAUUCUCUGUGCUUUUGUAACAUAAUCCUGUAAAUUAUUCUUAUUUGGACUAUUUAUUGUUAGCAGGUUGAGAAAGUGUUUUAAAAGGAGCUAUAUGUAAUAUUUUUGCAUUGUAAUUUCAGAAAAAUACCUUAUAUCAGCUGUAAUAGUGGAGAGUGUUUUAACAAUGUUUAAUAAAAAAAUUGAGCCCAC